GAAAUUUGCAGAUGUUCUUGAGUUUAGGUGGCGAAAAAAGAUCGCUUUUCUAUAUUGAUAAUUUGAGAUAAAUAUCGAUAUCUAAGAAAAAUGGCUGAUGUCUGGAACUGGAAAUUUAUCGCCUGUUGCUUUCUUUUUGUGGGGUAUGCUGCAGCUGCUGAUGAUGCCAAUGAACUAGAUGAUAUGUUGAAGCUGACGCUCCUUACACCUGUUAAGACUCAGAAAGGACAAACUGUUUUUGAAGGAGAUAUUGUUCAAGACGUUCCAAAUGAUGGUAAAUACAACGACCAUCCGGUGAAAGCCUUACCAAAUAAAGGAGGACUGUGGUUGGAGAGAGUUAUUCCUUACGCUUUUCAUGGAAGCGUUAAUAAGACAACGAAGGAAAUAGUAAUUCAAGCCAUGUCGAACUGGGAAGAAAAAACGUGCUUGAAAUUUGUCCCAAGAACGACACAGAGACAGUUUUUAAGAUUUAGAACUGAUAGUGGAGGAUGUUUUACUUUCGUCGGACGUAAACAUAUGGAAGGCCAAGAUGUAAAUUUGGGACCAGGAUGUGAGCAUCUACAAAUAGCUAUGCAUGAAAUUGGCCAUUCUUUGGGAUUCUACCACGAACACUCAAGACGCGACAGAAGUACAGUAUUAAAGAUACUGUGGCAUAAUAUCCAGAAAGGCAUGGCGGGACAAUUCAGCCCGGGAAAUGACGACUCAAGAGCAGUACCUUAUGAUGUCACGUCUGUCAUGCAUUACAGUCCAAUGUCUUUCAGCAGUCAAGUGUUUGAGAAGAAUACAAUGGUUAGUUUAGAUCCACGUCUACAAGCUCUUAUAGGUAGAAGCAGAGGAAUUACCUUCAGAGAUGCAAAGUUGGCAAAUACCUUAUAUACGUGUGAUGAUGGGUGUCCAAAUAGAAACACUCUUCAAUGCUUGAAUGAAGGAUUUUUAUCUCCACACAGAGACGGACCUUGUCAUUGUGUUUGCCCUCCUAACACAAAAGGAAAAAGAUGUGAGAAACUGAUGGGUGAUUAUUAUGGAAAUAUGUGUGGUGGUUCCAUUUCAGAAGAGAGAAUAAUAACGACUCCUGGAUACCCCAAAAGAAAAGCAAAUGACAGUUGCACGUGGGAAAUCAAAGCACCUAUUGGGAGACGGGUUGAAGUACUUUUCGAAGACUUCAGUUUCCGAUCUAGGAUGGACAAACCAAACAGCCCCUACCAUGGGUUUUGCGUCUACGAACAAAUCGAGAUUCGAACUCGAAAUAUGGACGAGGGAGAUUUCUACUGUGGAGAAGACAUUUCUCCAGGUACUACACUGGUCUCCAACUCGAAUUUUUUUCUCAUUUUGUUCCGAGCGGACACCAAAGCUGAAGGUCGAGGACUGAAAGCUUCCAUAAAAUUUAUCUAAAGACUCAUCUUUG